CACCACUGAGAGAGGGAAUUCACAGAUACUCAGCAGGUGGUCUGUGGCUCCAAUUUCCAGCCUUUUGGCACCUUGUCCAUUUUUGCUGACCUCUAAUGGCCAGGUAGAAGGGUACGUAUCCUCAGUGAGCAAUGCGUAAGCCAAGGCCAUCAAAGCAACUCAGCAGCGUGAUUGGAGAUAUUGCGGACGCUGGAAUCUGGAGAAACUCAGCCGCCGGCCGAGCUAAACCCGAUCCACCCUGCGUGCAUUUUAUGCGCGCCCGGCUUUGAUCGCUGCCUUUUGUGCUGAGAUUGUCCGGCAUGGAGUUCCCGUUUGAUAUUAACCCCCUCUUCCCCGAGAGGAUCUCGGUGCUGGAUCACCACCUACAGCCCGGCCGCAAGAGCAGCUCCAGCAAGGCCACCCUUGAGAACCAGCUUGCUGUGGUGUUGGACAAGAUGGGGGAGGCUUCAGCCAAGGCCCAGCAGCUGUCCGCACCCAUCACCAACGCCUCGCGGAUGCAGAUGAACCGACAUCGUCUCUACAUCCUGAAGGAUGCCAUCGCUAACCAUGGGAAAGGAGCUGCUAUUGGUUUCUUGAAAGUCGGAAACAAAAAGCUCUUUGUUCUGGAUGGGCAAGGUGCACACAAUGAAAUGGAGCCCCUGUGUGUGCUGGACUUCUAUGUACACGUCUCACUGCAGCGACAUGGUUAUGGGAAAGAGCUUUUUGACUACAUGAUUCAGUACGAAGGUGUAAAACCUUAUCAUCUGGCCAUCGAUCGUCCCUCCAGCAAGUUCCUCAGCUUUCUCAGGAAGCACUACGGCCUGUCAGCCAUGAUUCCUCAGGUUAACAACUUUGUGGUGUUUGAUAGUUUCUUCCGGGACAGACCGAUGCGUGGGACAAGGCUGAUUCACAGAAGUGCUCCGAAGAAGGUGGAACAAGAUAUUAAACCUUACUCCAUUACGGUGCGGGAGGGGCUCCCUGAAGACAAGGAGCUCCCCUGGCCCUUCAACCAGGCGCCGCCUCUGAUGCGCUCCAAUAGCCUGGGUUGCAGCUCCCGCCGGCAAGCUGGCCGACCCCAGCCUGGCCAACAGGAAGUACUGCGCCACGUCAGGGGUGUACACCCCCAAGUGCUGAACGGCGCGAGGCUGGCAGAUGACACCUCUGCCCACAGGAGGAGAACCAGUGACGAUCCUGAGGCGAAGGAAGAGGUUACCCCAGGGAACACGUGUCCGGUCGGCAAAGCCUGCUCUCGGUCCCCAGAUUACAGGCCAACGAUGUCAACAGAACCUUAUUUGGACCAGGACCCGUCAGAACAGAGGAGACGGUCAGGACUGGGGGGCACAGGAUGCCAGAGCGGCGGGGCCAAACUUCUGACCCAUCCCAUCCCAGCCUUGGACCUGAAGCACCUCUCCCAGGACACAGACCCUCCAGGGAGGCACGAGCCUCCCCCGGCCCCAAGGCACGAGGGAGGUCCAGGCCUGGGUCAGAGGGAUCAGUCACCCGAGCAGAGAGAGGCAGUGGGGCAUAGUCCGAGCGGCUGCCGCCAGCUGGCACCCAGCCAGUCCCCCUGGUGUGGUGGUGAUCCCGUUCCUUGGUCAGGCUCCGCUCUCGUCUCCCACCCCCAGUGGAUCCGCCACAAGAACAAGUUCAGGAAUACCCGUCCCUGGUGAAGCCGGGCACCCUUAUUCCCAGAGGAGACCGGCCAGCAUUGCGCCCCCACCCUCCCCCUCAGAGGUUGCCGGGGGUUGUCUCUGUGGGGGAAGCUGUAACAGGGUCCGGAGAACCAGUCGUUUCACAGACUCGGAGCCUGGGACGGUCUGUCAGAGACCAGGAGCAAACUGUGACACUGAGCCCCUGCUCUCAGUCCAACGUGACCACCUGGAGCUCCUGGUUGCUGUCAUUCCAACUCCCCCCAUUCCUCAUUCACCUGCCUGCCCUUGGUCUCCUCCACUGUCAGGGGGAGGCUGAACACAGACCAAAGGGACAUCGCCAUAGCUCACAGGAGCAGAAUUAUGCCAUUCGGCCCAUCGAGUCUGCUCUGCCAUUCCAUCAUGGCUGCCUUAUUUCUCCUCUGAACCCCUUCUCCUGCUUUCUCCCCGUAACAUUUGAUGCCCUCACUAAUCAAGUACCUGUCAACCUCCCCUCUAAAUAUACCCAAUAUCACACAAAAUGCUGGAGGAACUCAGCGAAUCAGGCAACACCUGUGAAGACCCUUCAUCGGGACUGGCAAGGAAAUGGUUUCCAGCCCUGAUGAAAGGCGUCACCCAAAAUGUCGACUGUGUAUCCCCCCACCCCAUAUUUCCUGCCUGACCCGCUGCGUUCCUCCAGCUCCUUGUGUGUGUUGCUCUGAAUUUCCAACAUGUGCAGAAUCUCUUGUGCCUCUGAGUCUGACUGCCAGGAGCAGGGAGCUGCUGCUGCCUUGGUGACCGAUAAAGAGAGGUGACAGGGGAAACUUGGAGUAACACCCAUCCCCAUCCCCUGUUCCAAACCUAACUGCAACUAACUUCCAAGUUCGGACCUCCCCCAGGCAUAAUAGAGGAACUCCCACCCCCACCCCGUGGUGUUCCCAGCAGCACGGCAGAGUUUCUCAUGGUGUUUCCAACAACCCACCGGAGGAGCUCAGCCGGUCGAGCAGCGCCUGUGAGAGACUUUGCCUCCCCAGUCUCUGAGCUGCCCAGAGUGUGGAACCCACAACUGGGUCAGCCGGACCCGGCUGAUUCAUGCUCCCACGUCACGGCCGGACACCAGCUCCACCUCCCCUCAGCCAAACUCGCGCUCUUCCACUUUUCCUAUUCCGCAGUCUCUGAACUCCCAGGGUGCUCCUCCGAGCUCCUCCUGGUCUUCUUGUUUUCCCCGUUCUGUCCUUAACUGGAUCGACCACCUUUGGGUGGUGACACUGCAAGGGACGUGGACCUGUACACAGUUACUUAAUGCUUACAAAUCAGCUCCUGUUGUCGUCAGCCUCAGGAAGAUGUAUCUUCCCAACGCAUCUAAGGUGAUCGCCAACGUAAAAACCUUGUGGUAGGUGGCGGGGUGGGUGGAGAUGCUGCCACACAGCCCCAGAGCUCCAAAUCCACAGAGUUAGAUCCCGAUCCCGGUCCGUGUGUGCAGUUUGCACAUUCACCCUGGGUGUUCCAGUUUCCUCCCACAUCCUCGGAGACGGUGGGAGUCAGUUGUAAAUUGCUCCCAGUGCGCAUGGGAGAGGGAACGGGGCACAGGGAAUGGUAUUGCAAGGACUCAGUGGGCUGAAUGGCCUCCCAUGUCAGUAUGACGAUACGGUAUAACAAAGUGCUUCUUGCUCCGCUUGACCAAAGUUGAUUCCCAUCCUGCCCCCCAAUACUAUACAAAUCCUGUACAAGUCUGUCUCUGACCUCCCACUUGCUGUUACCCGUGCAAUUAAUACACUAGGACUCCUUGUUAAUUAUUACUGAAGUGUCAUGAGCAUUUUACUAGUUUUUAACCGAGAGGAUUCUGUUGUGAAACGUUCAUAUAUCCUGUCGGAUUCACCCUUCCCCAUUGAGUUGUUAGGGCGACACAAUGCAAGAGUGAAAUAAGAUAUUUACUGUUCAAACCAGGUGUUUCCGUUCAACGCCAAGAAGUAUUAUGUGCAUGUGCAUGAAGAUUUCAAUGUGUAUCUACCUUCUGUGCCUUAGGGGUUGUGGUGACACCUCCCCCUUCCUUUGUAGCACGGGUAGUUUGCCCUGCGUUUGUCUAUUAAAUUAUUAACGUAUGUAACAGUGGUGUAUUUGUGGAGAAGACUGUUUGCAAUUAAAGUAUUUUUAUAUGCGUGCAUAGCUUUGCGUCAUCUGUACCUUAACCCGUGGGUCAUGGCCAAAGGUCAAAGUACAUAUAGGUCACCAUGUACAUGUGUCACCCUGAGAUUAG